UAAGCAAAUGACAGCUUACAGAAUUGUUGUUUAUUUGAAAAUUUAUGUAAUGGUUAAUGUGGAUAUUGAGUACUGCGGCAAAUGCAACUUUGCAACGCAAUGCCAGAUGUUGCGGCAGUUUCUGAUAGCUGCGCAUCCAGGACUGGAGGUGACUUGCCGGCAGGGACGUCGUGGAGCCUUUGAGGUGAGCAUUGAUGAAAAGCUGGUGCACUCCAAGCUAGCUGGACUGGCGUUUCCACAACACGACAGCGUACUGGACCAAGUGAAGCGAGCAGAACGCGGUGAAUUAGUACAAACGGUGGAAGCGGCUCCAAUAAAGGACUGCAGCGUAAUGUGAACAAACCAAAUUAAAUGCUAAUAUAAUUGGUUGUGAUAACUUAAUACAAAAUUAGCAAAACUUAGCAUGUAAUUGUUUAAACAUUAGAGGAUUUGCUGCACCUCAAAUUGCUUAUGACUGUUAAGACAAACAAAUGUAAACAAGCGACACACUGUCAUCCAGGCAAUGCUUGAAAUCAAAACAAUGUUUUAAUAAAUGGA